AUGUACGAAGAAAUGUCUCACCUUACGGAAGACGUGCCUCGCCGCUGCUCUCUGCCUUCUUUCAAAUCUACUGCAAGCAUGACGCCUUCUGAAGUUGGCGAGGAGCGCCGACUCCCUCCUCUUCCCCAAAUCUUGCCUCUACCUGCUCGUGGACCUUUCAGCCCAUUCAACGCAAAGGAUGCUCUAGUUCCUACAACCCCGGGGCCUCAAGACACCUUCCAGUUCAAGUCGACAUGGGCACCUGCCGAGCACAUCGUCGCUCCUCCUUCCCCGGCCAACUCGGCCGAAAGCUCCUGGCAAGAGUCCUUUGCCAUGCAGAAGGCUGGUGCAGGAGACUGGCCCAACGACCUCUCACAGAACGAGAUCAUGGCCCUUGUGGCCCCGCAAAACCUCAACCGUAAAGCCCCUCUCCAGCAGCUCUGCGGCCGUAAGCGCAAGGGCAGCGCUCAAUCUAUCGAAGAUGAUCAGCGCGAGAAGCACCGCAUUGCCGAGGGCAAUCGCCGGAGCAACCUGAGUGAGCUGCACCGCCAACUGGACAGCCGUAUCCACGACUUCUUCCUCGAGCGUGCAGGCUGGAACCCCUCAAAGAGCCUUACUCAAUCCAAGGAACACAUUGUGCAAGGAGCGAUCUACUUGGUUGACUUCAUGCUUGCCAUCAUUGUCCACCUCAUCCGCCAGGAGCAAGUCACACCGCAGCUCUCAGAGAAGCUGCAGCCUCAAGUCCGCUGCAUGCAGCUCCAGCAGCUAGUAAGCUCCCUACAGCAACAAAACCAGACUGCCCAGCAGCAGCUGAAGGCCACCAAGGCCGAGAACGAGAUGCUUGUGGACCGCAACCGUGCCCUCGAGUUCCAGCUCAAGUCCUACGAGCAGAUGUUCCGUUCUCCCAAGGCCGAGAGCACCAGCCCCGGCCCCCUGCUCGAUUUCCCCGAACACAAGCGUCAGAAGAAGAACGGCCUCCCUGGUCUGCGAGUUUUCUGUAACGAAAUCGCCAUGGCCUCCGAGCCCGCUUCCGUCUACCAAGAUGGCUUGCCCAGCUCUACAUCACAGUCAUUCGGCAGCUCAUACCUCACUGCCACGCCACCCAUGACUGGUCCUCCCUCUCCUGCCUUCGCACCCUCCCACUCCUCGUUCACAUACGCCUCGGCACCUCGUCGAUGCUCAAACGCCGCCUCUCCAUAG